AUAAGAGAAAGUAGGUCAGUAUUAUCUUCCGGCCCGUACCGGGGCAAGGAGGUUCUCCUGCGUGCCAUGGGGGUAAAACGGAAACGACAUCCAUACAGCCCCCAUAAAGCAUAAGCAUCAUUUCCCUCUCUUAUCUAGAUUCUCUCUCCCUGCCGAACUCAGGCACAGAAUAAAUUUGGAUGAAUACCAUCGUCUAGCCAAAAACCAAAAAGGGUGGUUUUACAAGGCCACCAAAACAAAAACAUCGAAAUGAAACCAUUUCAUUUUCUGCUCUUCUUCACGUUCUCGUCUCUGAUUUUGCUACCCACUGGAAAAUCAGAUCUCGCCUCGGAGAGAGCCGCUCUUUUGGUGCUUCGUUCGGCCGUCGGCGGUCGAUCUCUGCUCUGGAACGUUUCCCAGUCUACGCCUUGUUUAUGGGUCGGAGUCAAGUGCCAGCAAAAUCGAGUCGUCGAGUUGCGGCUCCCCGGGAUGGGUCUUUCCGGCCAACUUCCCGCCGGCGCCAUCGGAAACCUCACCGAACUUCACACCCUCUCUCUCCGCUUCAACGCCCUCUCCGGCUCGGUACCCCCGGACUUGGCCUCAUGCGUCAACCUCCGAAACCUCUACUUGCAGGGAAACUUUUUCUCCGGUGACAUUCCGGAGUUUUUGUUCACUCUCAGUAACCUUAUUCGCCUUAACCUCGCCGGAAACAACUUCUCCGGCGAGAUCUCUUCGGACUUUAAUAAGCUCACCCGGUUGGGCACUCUGUAUUUGAACGACAACCACCUCACCGGCUCGAUCCCAAAGCUGAAUUUGAAUCUUCAACAGUUCAAUGUUUCCAACAAUCAGUUGGACGGCUCGAUCCCCUCCAAACUCUCGAAUUUUCCGGCGACGGCCUUCCAAGGCAACUCGCUCUGUGGAGGACCCCUUCAAUCUUGCCCCCACAAGAGCAAAUUAUCCGGUGGAGCCAUUGCCGGAAUUAUAAUUGGAUCCGUUGUCGCAUUUGUCCUAAUCCUCGUGGUUCUGAUCCUUUUGUGUCGGAAAAAGAGUAGCAAAAAGACGGGCUCCACCGAUGUUGCGCCGGUGAAGCACACUGAGACAGAAAUGUUGGGCGAAAAAUCGGUGGGAGAUGGAGAUAGCACAGGUAUGGGGUACCCCAUUGGUGGAGCAGCAGUGCUGGCUGCAGCAGCAACCUCUAAAGGUAGUGGGGAUAAGAGAUUGGUGUUUUUCCGGAAUUCUAAUAGGAUUUUUGAUUUGGAGGACUUGUUAAGGGCGUCUGCGGAGGUUUUGGGGAAGGGAACCUUCGGGACGGCAUAUAAAGCGUCAUUGGAUAUGGAGGUGGAGCGGGUGGUUGUGGCAGUGAAAAGGCUCAAGGAUGUGUCUGUAUCCGAAAAGGAAUUUAGGGAGAAGAUCGAAAUUGCAGGGGCAAUGGAUCAUGAGAAUUUGGUCCCACUCAGGGCUUACUACUAUAGCAAGGAUGAGAAGCUUAUUGUAUAUGAUUAUAUGCCAAUGGGAAGCCUGUCUGCGCUUCUGCAUGGGAACAGGGGGGCCGGCAGGACUCCACUAAAUUGGGAAGCUAGGUCUGGCAUUGCCCUUGGAGCCGCCCGAGGGAUUGCCUAUAUCCACUCACGGGGCUCUGCAAGUUCCCAUGGAAACAUCAAGUCAUCAAAUAUCCUUCUCACUAAGUCCUAUGAAGCCCGCGUUUCUGACUUUGGCCUUGCUCAUCUUGUUGGGCCCACUGCCACUCCUAACCGUGUUGCUGGCUAUCGUGCGCCAGAGGUGACAGAUGCUCGCAAAGUCUCUCAAAAAGCCGAUGUGUACAGCUUUGGUGUAUUGCUUUUAGAACUGCUUACAGGAAAGGCUCCCACACAUGCCCUCUUAAACGAGGAAGGAGUAGACCUUCCAAGAUGGGUUCAGUCUGUGGUUCGAGAAGAGUGGACAGCCGAGGUGUUUGACCUUGAGCUCCUCAGGUACCAGAACGUUGAGGAGGAGAUGGUUCAGCUCUUACAGCUUGCCCUUGAUUGUGCUGCCCAGUACCCUGACAAGCGCCCUUCCAUGCUUGAUGUGACCAGCCGUAUUGAGGAACUGUGUCGUUCCAGCUCGCAGCAUGAGCAAGAGCCAUAUCAUAAUAUAAUCAAUGAUGUUCAUUCGGUGGACUCGGGUGCUCCAGUUCCAUCAGUUGUAGAUUGAAGAAAGACCAUGGAUCUUCCAUUGUUGUCCUAUUUUUAGCAUGCCUAAUAUGGUGCUGUGUUUGUUUGUUUUUUUAUUCUUUGGGCUCAUUUUUCUUUCAUUAAGAAUCAACUGUGCAUGUUCUUUUUCUUAUUUUAUAUUAUUUUCUUUUACCCUUCUCAUAGUUUUCUUUUUUCCUUGUAAUUUUCAUUUACAUGUUAAUGAAAGAGGGGGGCAUUUGAGAACUUUUCCUUCAAGUGUCAACAUAUUCUUGACGGGUCCAUGUCCCUGCAAUUACUUUUAGCCUUCUCA